AUGGGAUCCAGAGCUGAAGGGGGUCCCCCUGUCUUGUUUGAUUGGUUCUUCGAAGCCACCUGCCCUGACUCCCUGCAGGAGGAUCCCCCCAUCCUACGGCAGUUCCCCCCAGACUUCAGGGACCAGGAAGCGAUGCGGAUGGUGCCCAAAUUCUGCUUCCCUUUUGAUGUGGAAAGGAAGCCCCCCACCCCCGCUGUACAGCACUUCACCUUCGCCCUGACCGACCUGACCGGCACCCGUAGAUUUGGCUUCUGCCGCCUCCGGGCUGGUGCCCAGAGUUGCCUCUGUAUCCUCAGUUACUUACCUUGGUUUGAGGCAUUCUACAAGCUGCUGAACACAGUGGGGGACUUCCUGGCUCAAGACCAAGUCUCUGAGGCGGAGGAACUUCUUCAGAAACUGCUGCAGCAGCCCCUGCCUGGAACCCAGGACUCAGUGGGUCUAGAACUGAUCAGCAGGAUGACCAUCUCCAGCGCACAAGGCAUCCUGCCCCCUGCUCCGGGGAAGAGCAGACCGCUUUCCAGUUUCGUGGCUCCGGACGCAGACCGCCUGCCCUCCAUUCCUGAGAAUAGGAACCUAACGGAGCUGGUGGUGGCGGUCACAGACGAGAACAUCGUGGGACUUUUCGCUGCGCUCAUGGCGGAGCGAAGGGUCCUGAUCGUAGCCAGCAAACUGAGCACCUUAACAUCAUGUAUCUACGCGUCCUGCGCGCUCCUGUACCCCAUGCGCUGGGAGCACGUGCUAAUCCCCACGCUGCCGCCGCACCUGCUGGACUACUGUUGCGCACCCAUGCCCUACCUCAUCGGCGUGCACACCAGUCUCGCUGAGAAAGUUCGUGAGAAAGCCCUUGAGGACGUGGUAAUGAUGAACGUGGACUCCAACACCUUAGAGACACCCUUCGACGACGUGCGGGAGCUGCCUCCAGACGUGGUGUCCCUGCUGAAACUACAGCUAAGGAAGGUGGCCCUGGCCCCGGGGGAAGGGGUGUCCCUUCUCUUCCUCAAAGCCCUGGUCAUGCUCUUUGGAGGCUACCGCGAUGCUCUUAUCUGCAACCCGGGCCAGCCUGUGACCUUCAGUGAAGAAGUCUUCUUGGCCCAGAAGUCUGGGGCACCCCUGCAGGCUUUCCACCAGAAGGCUGUGCACCUGCAGCUGUUCAAACAGUUCAUCGAGGGCCGGUUGGAGAAGCUCAACACAGGAGAAGGCUUCUCAGACCUCUUUGAGCAGGAGAUUACCCGCAGCGGGUCCUCCUCAGGCACACUGCGCUCCUACCAGCUGUGGGCGGACAGCCUAAAGAAAGGUGGCGGUGCCCUCCUACAUUCGGUCAAGGCCAAGACCCAACCAGCCGUGAGGAACAUGUACCGCUCGGCCAAGAGUGGCUUGAAGGGUGUGCAGAACCUUCUGAUGUACAAGGAUGGACACCCUUGCAUGCAGAGGGGGGGCUCCCUGAGAGUCCCCAAUCUCACCAGCCGCUCAGAUCGCCUGCAGCAACGCCUGCCUAUUACCCAGCAUUUUGGACAGAACCGGCCCCUGCGCCCCAGCAGGAGACACCGACCGGAAGAGAGAGCUUCUGAGUUCCUGGGAGAACAGACAUCCCCCGUGAGCAGUGAGGACGGCCCGGAUCCGUGGGCAGAGGAAGCUCUGGACAGCAGCUUCCUGGGAUCUGGGGAAGAACUGGAUUUGCUGAGUGAGAUUCUGGACAGUCUAAGCACAGGAGCCAUGAAUCCAGGCAGCCUGCGUCCCAGCCAGAGCUUGGACUGCUGCCAUAGAGGGGACUUGGACAGUUGCUGUAGCCUGCCGGACAUACCAGGAAGACCAGUAUGGCAACCAGAUGAUGAAGAAGCUCUAGAACCCCAGACCCUGUCUCUGCCUGCCAGCCUGCAGUGUCUGCAACCCCUCCAGCCUGCGGACGCCACCCUCUCCUCACAGAACCGCACCUCGUGGCUUCCCUCAGAGGCCAACCAAGAAAUAAUUUCUCCAUCUCAGUCUUCACUAGCAUCUGUAGACCCAAGCAGCCAAAGGGACCCUAAAUUCCCUCUUCCAGAGCCCCAGCCCCUAGUCCUACAUCUCUCCCCUCCCCACAAGGUAGUUGAAGAUCCCAGAGCACAGGAGACGCCCGACUCCCAGCUCACCACAACACCGAACCAUCCAGAAAGUCCCCAACCUCCAGCCCUGACAGAGCCCAGACUGGACAUUAACUGGACAACCCUUGAUUCUUCCUCAAGUCCUGGCUCCCCAGAGCACCCCAAAGCUCAGUCUUCCAAGGUCCCGCUAGCAGAGAAUGUUCACGUCCAGUCCCUAGAGGGACAAGGAACACCCAGAACUCCUGUGGCACCCGCCAGCACCUGGAAGGAGCCCCAGGCCAGGGGUCAGCCCAGAGUUGCUGAGCUUAAAAAGUGUUUUGAAGGUUAGGGAUCAGGGGUCUGGAGGGGACCCCAGGCCUUCAAUAAAGCCGCAAGAG